UCUCAUCCCCUCCUCCCUCCUGUCACAUCUGGACCGUGCUCCUCUCAUCAGCAACAAUCAGCGCAGUGGGAGAGAGAAAAAAGGGCUAGGAAGAGAAAGACAGAGAGGGGGGAGGGAAGCGACCGGAGGAGCAGAGCCUAGCUCGGUCGGUGCAGCUUCAUACAGAGCCGAGCAGAAUUAAGGAGAGGAUAUAGCGCAAGGACAUCUAAUCGUCUCAGCCGCAUUAACGGAUAUUUUGCGUCUCGUCAGUUCUCCAUCCGACAGUCCAGCUGUUUUCUUCGGCUUCUCUUCCCUCCUCCUGUCUUGGGUAUGAUGAUGAGCACCAGCCUCCUGGAAAAUCCUGUGCAGGCGAUUCUGUACCUGCGAGAGCUCACCACCAUCGUCCAGAACCAGCAGAGUCUCAUCCAGACCCAGCGCUCCCGGAUAGAGGAGCUGGACCGGCGGGUGGACGAGCUCAUUGGCGAGAACAGGCACCUGCGGGACGUCAGGGUUCAACAGCAGCAUCCUUAUCAUCACCACUACCACCAUCACCCCGACCCCAGCUGCUUUCAUCAACACCACCACCCUCAGGACCCGCAGCUCGAGACCAGUGCGGAGUGUCUGCCUGAACACAACGCGGCAUCAACCUACGUAACGGCGACUUCGGAGGUCCAGCAGUUACCCUCCCAACCCAUGGACCCUGGGGACAUGCAGCUGGUUCCGGCAGACCUGUCCACGGUUUCUCCGGUUGACAGUGAACCAGAAAACGGAGGAAGUUCCCAAAGCUGCCGCACUUUGGUUCCGAUGACCCCCACAGCCCUUUGUCAUUCCCUGGCCCUAUCAAGGAAAUCCGAGAGUGAGACCGUGCUGCACCAGUUUUGCUGCCCCGCCCCUGAACAUCCAGAGGCUGACACCACAGGCUCAUCCAGUGGACAGAUGCUUAGCCUGGAGGAUGGAACAUCCUGUGGUGGUGGACAGGAAGUGGAGGGGACCAAGAGAGAAGGACCGAGCGAGUACGAAAUCAGCCUUGAGAAUAAGAACAAACAGAUAGAUGAGUUGGAGCAGAAAUAUGGAGGCCAUCUGAUAGCGAGGCGGGCAGCCCGUCGUAUCCAGACGGCUUUCCGUCAGUACCAGCUCAGCAAAAACUUCCAGAAGAUUCGCAACUCUCUGUCGGAGAGCAAGCUGCCCCGUCGGAUCUCCUUGCGCCAUCCGAGUCCUUCGGGCCGAAACAGGAACACGGCCCAGAGACACAGUUACAGUCUGCAUCCUGGAGGAGGACAGAUUCCCUUACGCUCCAAAACUCCUCCUCCUCCCCCAUGUCGCUCCACCUCUCUGCCCCCUUCGCCUGCAUCUGCCCCAUCAGCUGGUCCCCCUCCUGCCGCAGUCCCACCUCAAACCCCUGGACAAACACUCACACAGCUGGAGGACUGCUUCUCUGAUCAGCUUCAUUCUUUGGCACAGUCAAUUGAUGACGCCCUCCGUGGUUGGAGCUUGUCGGAAGGUGGAGAUGGGAAGGGGCUACUGAUGGACCCCGGGGCCCUUCGUGCAGCUGCUGAGAGUGCUUGUCUGCCCCGCAGUGCCAGCUCGCUGCUCAUGGCCUUCAGGGAUGUCACCGUUCACAUCGACAGUAAUAGCUCCUACACCAUCUCCACCGCCACCACCACAACCACCACCUCCUUGGGCAAUGCAGGCGGGGGACAACCGGGCAGCAGGAAGACUUCCGCGAGCGGGAUGGAUGGAGGCGGAGAUGGAGAGUUUGCAGAGGACCCGGAGUUUCCUGCACCUCCUCCAAGUGAGGAGCUGGAAAUGGCUGAUCCAGGAUCCAGGAGGGGCUCAGCAGUGGCAACCCUCGGAGGAGGAGGAGGAACAGAGGGGGUGAUCGGCUCAGACAGACUGGGGUCCACAUCCACUUCUACCUCCACCUCUAUCUCCACCUCAGCCCAGUCUAAUCAGCAACCUGCUCAGAUUUACACGCAGUACCAACAGUACCAUUAUACCCAUCCACAGCAGAUCCCCGGGGGGCCGAGCCCAGAGGCCCUGCAGGCCCUGGUGGUCUCUCUGCCCAGGGACCACUGCCAGGAUCCAGCCUCCUGCCGCUCCCCAACUCUAUCCACAGACACACACCGCAAACGCCUCUACCGUAUAGGACUCAACCUCUUCAAUGUGAACCCAGAGAGAGGCAUCCACUUCCUGAUCACGCGUGGUUUCGUCCCCGACACCGCCAUUGGAGUGGCUCACUUCCUGCUGCAGAGGAAGGGCCUGAGCAGACAGAUGAUUGGAGAGUUCUUGGGGAACAGCAAACUGCAAUUCAACAGGGAUGUCCUUGACUGCGUGGUGGAUGAGAUGGAUUUCUCAGGCAUGGAGCUCGACGAAGCCCUCAGAAAGUUCCAGGCUCACGUUCGUGUUCAGGGAGAAGCGCAGAAAGUGGAGAGACUCAUCGAAGCCUUUAGCCAGAGGUACUGUAUGUGUAAUCCCGAUGUGGUGCAGCAGUUUCACAACCCAGACACCAUCUUCAUCCUGGCCUUUGCCGUCGUCCUCCUCAACACUGACAUGUAUUCACCAAACAUCAAACCUCAGCGCAAAAUGGGCCUUGAUGACUUCAUUCGCAACCUAAGAGGUGUGGAUGAUGGAGCUGACAUCCCGAGGGAGAUGGUCGCAGGAAUUUAUGAGAGGAUCCAACAAAGGGAGCUGCGCUCCAACGAGGAUCACGUCACCUAUGUGAGCCGCGUGGAGCAGUCCAUCAUGGGCCUCAAAACUAUCCUCGCUGUGCCUCACAGACGUCUGGUGUGCUGCUGUCGUCUGUUUGAGGUACCUGACGCCAACAAGCCUCAUAAACAGAAACUGUCCCAGCUGCAGAGAGAGGUCUUCCUCUUCAAUGACCUGCUGCUGAUCCUAAAGCUGUGUCCCAAGAAGAAAAGCUCGGCCUCAUAUACCUUCUGUAAAGCUAUGGGUCUUCUGGGAAUGCAGUUUCACCUCUUCAGCAAUGAAUACUACGCCCAUGGCAUCACAAUGCUGAGCCCGUUCACCUCGGAGAAGAAGCAGCUGGUGAGUUUCUGCUCCCCGAGUGGAGAAGAACUCAGGAAGUUUGCAGAGGAGCUCAGAGAGGCGAUAACCGAGGUCAACGAGAUGGAGCAGAUCCACAUCCAGUGGGAAUUGGAGAGGCAACAAGGCAUCCUGCCACAUGGCACACACACCAAUGGCGGGCAAGUGGACACACACACAGGACAUGGCUCUCCCUCAGGGCAACAGGAUGUGUAUGAUAAUACCGGCAACAACAACACAGUAGAGGUGUCAAUUCACAACAGGCUGCAGACCUAUCAACUGAGCCAGCCCAGUAUUGAGUCAACGCCUCUGGCCCUGGCCGCGCCGCCCGCGCUGCUCAGCUCUAUUCAGCCCGGAGAGCUUCGCCCAGACACACUCAUCCAAUGCCAGCAGAUAGUCAAGGUGAUUGUGGUGGACCAGAGUGGGCGAGGGCGGAUGGAGGCCUUCCUCAGCCAAGGCCCGGCUGCCCACCAGCUCAUCCAUUCGGCCAUGUCCACACCUGUGCGAGUCAUAGAGGGGGAUGGUCCUCAGCCUCCUCUGCCUCCUCCACCUCCACCGUACAACCACCCCCACCAGUUCUGUCCCCCUGACUCGCCAAUGCCCUUCCACCACACCCUGCCCCUAACCCGCAGGCGUAACUCCAGUGGUUCCCGCAGCAUCGUCUGAGUGGACGGCUGCACUACGAACCUUUGGGGCCCAGAACGGAGCCUCGCACUCACAUAGCAGCAACAGGUGGAGCACUUCUAGAGAACACAUUCACUCAUUUCGAAUGGUAAGAUUAAAGCAUUGCUAAAAAAACAACGGAGGAAUAUACUGCAUGAGUCAAGUAAAAGGACAACAGAGAAGGAAACCAACAAAGAUCUAUUCAUAGUUUUGAAUGGUGAUGUUUUUGAAUAUGGAGUAGUUUGAUGCCAUUUAUGACAAUGUUUCUUCUUCCUUUUGCCUCCAACAUGUCAACCGGUAGCUGAUGGUGUCAUCCAUCUAAAUUUAACACUCUUAAGAGAUGUUGUAACUUUGCUUUUUAGAUUUCACCUUUCCGACAGAUGUGUCAGUGAGUUAUGCCUGUCAAACUGAAGGGCAUUGUCAGAUAUGUGGGAGCCCGGGAUCGUUUCAAAUAUGAAGAAAAAACGUGGGAUAUUGAUGUUAAGUUCACACCUCGUACACAGGUAUUCAGUGUUAGAUACAGCUCUGUGAAGAAUCAUUUCAGCAGAGCUAAUGUAGCUUCUCUUCACUGCAGUCCUCUUUUCCCGUCAUCUCUGCAUAAUGGGAACAAAUGAGACUCCCAGCUUAUUAGUUUCCUCCGUCUUCUAGGGAAUAGGUAACUACUCAGUGGUGGAGGGAGAAGCCCAAGAAAAAGACCAAUUGCGCUAGCAUCUCCACCCUGUCACGUGCACUUAACUGCAUUAAGCACACAUGUUGCUACUCACUAAACCAACCUAAAACCACAUCUUGACGACAAUCAUAUUUUUCUGUCCUUCAUUGUUAUGUGUUUUGCUGAACUUGUGAGAAAAGAUAUAUUCACAAUAUUGUGUGACUGCCCUCAUUCUGUGGCAUUUUGCUCCCAUAGAGCUCAGGUGAUUAUUUGCUGCACUGUGACAUCUGAGUUGAACUGAGAGCAGCGUGCUUGUGAACUGAUUUCAGUCGGCUUACUCAUGGGCAGCAGGGAGGUAAUUAAUCAAAAUCAAAAGUAUGAAUACUGUUAGUACCUAUGGAUUUAGGCAAUACUUAUAUGAUGAUAAUAUGAUAAAUUAUAUUAUUUUCUCCACACAGGGUAGACCAAGGUCACCUCACAAAAUCAUCACUCUCCUCUCACAAAUUAUAUUUUAUCUUGCACACUAAAAAGUUAUAUAAGCCGAAUAGCAUUUCUAUACUGAAUGUUAACUAGAAGCGAAGUAGAAGACAGAAUAUCAUGGAAAAAGUCUUAUUUUCAUCAUCGGGUUGUCUGUCCAGAGCCUGAGCCAGUUUGUAAAUUAGGUUGCAAAUCAUCCAACUGAGGAACACCAAACAUGUCUUGUAUCUUUUGCACCACAGAAUAUAUUGGAUAGAGUGUAAAUAGAUAAUAUAGAUUUAUUCUGAAAAAGUGAUUGGUUUGCCCAGUGUGUGUAUCUACGUAUGUAUUUGUACAGAGAAGAAUCUAGUUUAAAAAAAGAAUAUUAUAGUUAUUAUAGCUAUUAUUAUUAUUCACAUUUAAUAUGAGGGGGCAUCCUCAAUCCUUCUGCUAGGAGAGACAGGAAUCAGGCAGCUUUUAUAGAGCACACUCCAGUUACCAUGGCAACACACUGAUAUCAUUACAGAUCUACAAUCAUCAUGAAAAUAUAGUGUUGUAUUAUCAUAGAAUAAUUAAGAUGUGGCUGUGUCACCUGUUGAGAUGUGUAAAGGGCUAUUCUGUAUUGAAGAAUAUGUGCAGUGACUCACAGGCCAUGCGCACACACACACACACACACACACACACACACACACACACACACACACACACACACACACACACACAAACAUGCACAUAGCUGCUAAAGCAACAGAAAAUCCAACAUAGAAACACCUUAGAGACUGAUUUCUCAAGUCAGCCCCCCACUUUGUUUACUGUAAACUCUGACUGACUUGUACUAAACAGCAUGAUAUUGUUUUUUUUUCUUUACAGUACACAUGGGCAGUUUAUUUAUAUGUUGUAUUAUUAUGUCAGGGCAUGUUGGGUUGGUAAAUGUCAUUUUCUCCUCUCCCGAACUUUCUGCCCGACCCCUUAGCCCUGCCUUCUCCAUGGUUGUCAUGGGACGCAUCAAUCUGCAUCCUCAAUGUGGAGCACUGUUAAUAAUAUUUGCACCCUAACAAUAUUUCUAAAGAGUAGAUUUCUUAAAGAUCAACAUGUUUACUAAUGGAAUAUUUCUAAUUUUUUUUCUGUUCAAAGAGAAUAAAAGAAUAAAGUAGUUCUUA